GCUUCUUAUGGGGCAAGGCGUGAUAGUGAACAGCAGCGCUAAAAAAGUUGUGAAACAAAACUUGGUUUUAAAACAUCGGACCUAUCAAGAUUAGACGUGCAUAUGACUUUAAAAAAAAAAGGAAACAAGCAUUUCAGAGACAACAAUUCACCUUGCUGCGUUAACCAAGAAAGGCACCUUCUCUUAAAUAAAAUGGAAGUCACAUAGAGAUGAGGAAGAAGACUUGCCUGAAGUCACCGGGCUCGUGUGUGGCAGAAAGAAGAGCCGGGGGGGGAUUCAAAAAGGCCCCGGGCACAGUUCAGAGUCUUCCUCUGUCCCUUUCCACUACAGGAGAGCAGGAAGUAGGUGAGAAACAGACUGAGGCGACGCGGAGCUCCCCCCUAUUCGGCUAGAAGUGGACUCCACCCUUCCAGGUCCUAGCCGUAUGGUGAGCUUGCUCUACCCUGCCUUCCUGCUUUCGAAGGAGAAAUUCCGCACGACUAGCUCACCUGCUCCAAGCCUGAGGCAGCACCAAGGGGAAGGGGCAAAGGAGGUCUCCAACAAGCACCUCGUCUUCCCCCCACCUAGUAUAUGUUGCCUACCUAGUAAUAUACUUUGCCCUUUCUGUGCCCUCCCCAAUUUUUCUCUACUGCCGUUACUGCCAAAGGAGAGUGACUGGUAGACCUGACCGAGAUUUUUUUUCCUUGCGCACACGCCUAGCCAGAAAUGGUCCGGCCUCCUUCACCUGAGCCGGCAGCUGCCAGCUCUGUGGUGACCGACGGACGCAGGUUUGGUCCCGUCUUCUCGUCUUCCCUGCCAAGUGAAAAUAACAGGUGAUGUGUAGAGCCGCGCAUGCGCCCGCGUUAUAUGAGCCAGGCCUGAGCUGGCCCAAAGCAAAAUCACUCUUCGGUGUGUCUCUGUUGGUGGCUCGCGUCUGUGAGCCUGAGGUCGAGAAGGAAACAAUCUGCCGCUUCAGUGAUAACUGGUGCUCACUGCCACUGCCAAUGGAUUUACCCAGAAAGGACUCAAACAGAUGUUGCUGGAUAAAUUAGGGCUUCCUGAAGUCCCUACCCUUCAGAGGACAGACAUGGAGAAUCUGGUCAUUCCAGAAAAUAUAAGGAAUAAAUACAUGUCCAUGCUGAAGCGUCGCCGAGCAAAGCGAAGAGCACUGCCAAGUCUAGCUGGGAUCUUGAGAGGAAUUCCUGGCAAUGCAGAUAUUCCUGGAGCUGUUCUCUAUUCGGACACUACCCGUCAAAACAUUAUAUUUGAUAUGGAGGGCAGGAUACCAGAAAACAGCGAAGUCAUCCUGGCUGAGCUGAAGCUUUUCAAGAAGCCCCUGGAGAGGAAACACCUGCCCAUCAGGCCAUCUCAUCGGCCAGUCAUGAAUGCCAGGGUCAGUGUGUACUGGGUGCAGCUUCAAGAGAAUGGCACCAACCGGACCUCUUUGAUUGAUUCCAGGUUAGUUCCAAUUAUGGAAUCUGGCUGGAGGAAUUUCGAUGUCACCCAAGCAGUGCAUUUUUGGCUAAAGACCAAGAAGCAAGGGCCAAUGCUUCUGGAGAUCUGGAUUGAAGGAGAAAGAUUAGGCAGCUAUGCCUCUGAAAUGGCCAAAAUCGUGCGCUUUACUUCUCAGGAUCCUUUAGAUACAGCACUGGGCAAACCUGAGUUGGUGCUUUAUACACUUAACUUGGAAGACUAUGGGGGACCUGGAGACUGUAAAGAAGGAACCUUGACAGAGAAGACCAUUUGCUGCCGGCAGGAACAUUACAUCAACUUUCGAGAGCUGACCUGGACACAGUAUUGGAUUAUUGAGCCAGCUGGCUACCAGGCUUAUCACUGUGUGGGUGGCUGCCGGCAGCAGCCCAAGAACUUACUGCGCCAUUUUGGCUAUGGUGAGAGAAUGUGUGCAGUGGUAGAGAGUUCUCCACUUCCCAUGAUGUAUCUUGUCAAGAGGGGAAACUACACUGAAAUUGAGGUGGCAGAGUUCCCUAAUAUGAUUGUGGAGAAAUGUGGCUGCACCAUGGACAAUAUAGCGGUGGUUUAGCUACACACAAAACACAGAUUGGCAGAAGUGCAAGAGGUGGCCUGUUACAGGGUGCUGUUUUCUUACUUUAACCUUGGAAAGGUCUGCCAAGACACUGAGUGCUCCUAGGUCUGACCACAUAUAUCCUGUGGUAUAUUGAAUUUGGUUGCUGGUCUUAUUAAUACAUUUGUAAGAUAGUUUGGCUCCUCACCUACCAAAGGAAUGCAAUUAUGUUGUUGCAAAUGGAGGUUGUUCCAAUUUGGACUUUUCCACAAAACACCAAAGGAAUAAAAUUCAGGACCAUAGAACUUCUUUGUAUGGUUUAGAGCCCUCUUCAUCAGAUGCAUAAAGUGUGAUCCUCAGUGAUCAUGGGAAUAAGUACAAAAAAUGUAAAGGUCGGUGUAAAUUAAUAAUGAAAUGAAAAAAUACAGUCUGUGAUAAUUCAGUGCUCUAAUAACAAAUGAGGAUCACACUCCAUACAUCUGAUAAAAUGAACUCUAGUCCAUGAAAACUUAUGCCAUAAUAAAAUUUGUUAGUCUUUAAGAAGCCACAAGACUUUUUGUUGUUUGUGCUGCAACAGAUUAACAUGGCUACUCCUCUGGAAAUUGUUGCAUACACUUAACAGAUAUAAUUGUCUCAUAUAGUUAAAUUAAGCAUGCACUGAACUUACUCACUGAAAUCAAAAGGGAUUUAAAAGUGCGUAACUUUGCCUGGAUCACACCCAUAGGAAGUUCUGCAUUUUCCCAUCCUAUUGAUUUGAGUGGGAGAGUUAAAUCCAUGCUUAAAUAUCUCUCAUUGAAAUCAACGGGUCUUUAAAAAUGACUCAACUUUGGCUAGCCAAUUAUAGAUAGUGAACUUAGGCCAAGGGAUUUGACUAUCCAGCAGAUUAAGGCUAAGGAAAGAGUUAAAACUUUUCCCCUGGCAUGACAAACUUUCUGUAUGUUAUAAUCAAACCAUAUUAUUAUAUCACAAACAAUCUUAUGAAUAAUAAAAAGCACUUACCUGUAAAUAAUAUAGAAUUCAUGCAUUUGUAUUCGCUACCACUCCACCAUCUCCAUCAGAAGGCUCAUCUGUAUAUGGGUUUAAAAAGUGAUCCAGAAACCCUGCAAACAGCCAGACGUGUGUAAGGAUGUUUGCUUGAGUAUGUUUGCAGGAUCCAGUCCUUUUUAAUUUGUAACAUACAUUGUGAUUGAUGAAUCUCUCCCUCCCCCCCAGUUUUGUAUAUUUUAACA